UCGAUUCAGAGCUGCUGCUUGUUCUCCUAAAAGAGCGACUCAAGGAAAAUCCAAACGUGCAGCAUCCUUUAUUAAGACGAUGAUUUCGAUGGUAGACUGUCCUCUGGUUCCGUUACUUUAUGUUCUGUGUCAGGUUCGUUGGAGGAAGAAGAAGAAGAAGAGAUGUUUGUUCUCAUCUGGGCGACUCUGCUUUUCUCUGUGAGAGUCAGUGAUGCUGAGACAGGUUCUUCAGUGUCAGGGAAAACAAGUUGUUGGUUGAAGGAUUACUGUAUCACUCUAGUUGAAGGAGAAAUAACAGCGGAGGCCGGACUCUGUGUCGUGAUACCAUGCUCCUUCACUGUUCCUGAGGAUAUCAAAGUUUUAAAUAUAGUUUGGUUGAAAUGUGAAUCGACCAAACAGAGAUGUGGUUAUGGAGACAUGAUUUUUAACAGUAACACCUCCAGCGAUCAGGUUCAGUCGGAGUUUAAAGGACGAGUGUCACUGCUGGAGUCUGAUGUGAGCCAGAAAAACUGCAGCAUCAUCGUCAAUGACCUGAAGGAGUCGGACUCUGGAACAUAUCAACUCAGAGUUGAAGCUUCACCGAGGAGAGGUUCAUAUAAAUUCUUCCAAAGAGCAACUGUCUCUGUUCAAGGUAUGAACCAUCCUGCUGUAUGACAUGUUUGGUGUUUUGGGGCCAUAGGCUGCAAAUAAACAUGAACAACACUUCCCCAUUUC